UGUUUUGGUGGUGUCAAGUGCCCCUAGUAACAGAAUUAGCGUAUUCGCUAAUUUGUUGAUCAUGCUAGCAAUUCAAGUUUUUAUUUUUUGUAGAUUAUGAUCAUGAACAUACACACGAAUGUGAUAUUUAGAUAUUUUAUUACACCCUGAAUAAGUCAUUUCGGAAACGAAGAAUUUCUUCAACACUGAUCCAAUUACCUGGCCGUCAUGUCAGCAGUGGCCAAGACAAGUUCUGAAUUGUCAAACCAUGAAGCUGACAGAGGGACUCAAAGUGAUAAAACGAAACUGCCUGAUCUUCGCGUUAAAGCUGGAGAGACAAAGAGGGCAGCGAUGCAAGUGGUCCUUCGUAAUGAUGUGAUCCCUGAAGAGCUCUUAGCCACUCUCACCUCUGCUGCCCACCCAUAUUGUAAAACAGAAUGUUCAAGUGCUCACAAGACGUCCCAGACAUGCAAGAUCCAUGGCUUACGGUGCCCAGAUCCAGUUUGGCAUCAUUCUCAGGGCCGAAAGAAAUACAAGUACCUUCUGGAUCAGCCUGUCUCACUGACUGGAGCUGGAAGGGACGUCUCCUUUCUUUGUGAUGCAGUGGCUUCCAGAAAGGAUCAUAUUCCUGUACCACCCACGACAGACAAGGGAAACGUGCAGGCUGUACAAAAGACCUCUGCACCAGAGGAGACGCAUAUCCCUGAUGAAUACCACAUUGUGAAAAACAAGGGUGUGAAAGGCCUAGAAUUUUAUGAGGAUAAAUACACUGUCCUUCUUGAAGAUGAGGACAAGUUGCUGCGGAUUUUCCCAUCUAUGAAGCCCAGUGGGCGUCUGGAGGCGGUGCAGCUGCUGAGGGUGAUGGAUGAGAUGUUGGACAAGGCAGGAGUUGAUCUGGACAAAAGUGAGCUGACAGGAACCUCACAGAUCCAGGGCCUGCUGGACAUGGUUCAGGUGGAGCAGAACAUCUACAACCUGGUGUUCCAUGAGGUCAUCCGGCAGGUCAGCGUGGAAUGUGCCGAACGAGGACAGAUCUUGGCCAAGCUCAGGCAAAGAUAUGUGGCGCUUCUGGACCGUAUCCCAAAGAAACUGCGCGGCUUACACAAGGAGAUGAUGGCUCUGCGUGCGCUAGACCGGCACCUGACUCAGGAGAUUGUCAUGUUCAAGGAGUCCAUUGCACAACUUAAUGAAGAGCUGAAUAGGAUAAAGGAACAUGAUGAGACGGUUUCCCAGCAGGCGGCGAGAGCCCAGAAGGAGCUGUCCAAAGCACUGGAUCAAUCGCAGCGUAACUCUGAUAUGGUGGGAGAGUACCACGACCUUUACGAAAUGCAGCGCCGGCGGCUGGAGCGGCAGGUCCUGAGGCUGACGGACGAACGUGACCUCUGGAGCAGUGUGACCUACAGUCUGGCUCUCAAGGUGAUCAGGCUAAAUAAUCUGCAGCUGGUCAGCCGACUUCACGUGAGCGAACAGACCUGGACCAAGACUGCUGAGCAUUUCACAGUCUUCCUUGCAUCAAAGGACUCUGAGGACCUGAGCAGCAUCAUGCAGCUGAUGGAGAGGUGGAAGGAGCAGCUGACUGACUUUGUCCAGAAGCUGGCAGAAACUGAAGCUCAGCAGUGCCAGAAGAUCAAAGCCAUGCAAGAGGACAUGGACCACUGGGAAGAUUUCAUCACUUCCAACCUCAGGAAGCCAGACGUGAUCUUUGACAAGUCCUCAGAGGAGAAGCUCCUUCAUGAUCUGAGCAAGUGGUCAUCGAUGCUGACUGGCCAGUGUGAACGCUACGGGGGAGAGGAGCUGCUCUCCGGCCAGGAGACCAUCAACACCCUGAGCCUGCUGCAGGACUCCUGGGUGGAGGUGGCACUCCAGGUCUUCCGGAGACACCCGGCACCAGACGGAGACCCACCCAAGGGCCAGGCCACCAUAAAGACACUUGGCAUCUCUGUCGCCGAGCUUCACCAGGAGAUGUCCAUACGCAUCAAUGGAGAGAGUGGCAUCCACAAAGAGCUCAUGUCUCUCGUGGGCGCAUUGGAGUUUUGGAUCAGCCGCCUGAAGGUUCAGAGUGGACGAUCAGAGGGCCUGCCACACUGUGAUUGGUUGAAGCUGGCCAAGGGGCUGGGCAACUGGAACAAGCAGGCAGAGGAAGCCUUGCUGCUGGUGGACAGUGUCCAGAGUGAGCCUGACCGCUUGAAGAAUAAGACGUUCAAACGAAUUGCCAUGGAUGAUAUCUUUAGCACAAUGCAGGACUUCAUGGCCACUCAGACAAACUUUUUUGAGUGUGAAAAUCUAAGACUGUCUGAGGAGGUGUGUUCCAUUCACACAAUGCUGACGCGCUGGAUGGUGGACCUGUUGCUGCUGAUGGUGCCGGACCACUGUGACGACCAGGAGCAAGGCAUCCAAGAGCCCGGUCACCGUAGCGAUAGCGAUGAUGAACCUAUGCAGAAACUGGAGGAGGAUGCCAAGAAUGUCUCACAGAAGGUGGACUAUUUCUCAAAAUACAUCACCUGUUCUUGCCAAUCCAUAGUGGAGGAAGAGGUCAAGAAGAACAUGUCCCAGGACGAGACGGAGAAUGAACUGUACGAGCUCAAUAAGCUCCAGAGGGAGUGUGGUGCAUGGGUGUCCGCCUGUGGCAUCCUGCUGUCAGACUUGAAGGCCGGCCCGGUAGACCUUGGGGUGUCAGGCAGGCCGGACCUCCUCGGGGAUGUCAGUCCCACCAGCAGCCGUGAGACACUGACAGUUAGACGUGGAGUUAGAGAGGGCCUGGUGAGACACGCCGCUAUAGAAAUGGCAGAGGAGGAAGAGGAGGAGAAGGAAGAGACCGUGGUCACAGAGGAAGAGAAGGAGACGGAAAGAAAAGUGAAAAAAAGAAAGAAGGAGAAAAAAUCUGAAGAGGAAGUGGACGAGGAAGAGGAGGAUGACGAAGAGGAUCAGUCCGAGGAGGAGGAGGUGAUUGGAGAAGAGGGAGGUAUCCUGAAACUAAUUGGCCACGAUGGCAACAUCAUGGAAUGCAGUCUGGGGGACGACAAAGUGGCUCUGCAUGGGCUUGGGGAACUUGUUGUGCGCCCUCAAACACCAAAUGCACGCAAAGCCUACGAGUGUUUGUCCACUGUGGAAUCCCUUCAACAGGAUUUACUUGACAUAGAGGUGCGAGCUCAGGCGGCUGAGGCCAGAGCUCUUCAGGCCGAGGAGUCCCUUCAGAACGCCCUGGAGAAGAUCCAGGACCUAGAACGCAAGCUGGAGGACAAACCCAGCCUUGAUUCUAAGGCACCCAUGAAACCAAUGGUUGGGACAACACCCUUGGGAACGGUUGGCCGAAAAGCGUCUGGUUCGAGUUCCAGAACAGACGGAAACAAGCGACUCUACAAAAGGCGCUGAGGACUUGUGCAUGUGACAGUACAGUAGCAUGAAGGACUUUACUGACAUGGCAGUUCUAGGUGCUCUCUGUCACUAGUAACAGAACACAUUUGAAAGAAUAAAAUACUGGAUUUGCAUCAAA